GCUGUGGAUCCCGCGCUCCGAUGGUGGCUACAAGUUACGGUGCAUCGGACGGUUAGCUCGCAAAGAUCGCUCAACCUCCAUCGAGAGGAGCAAAGCCAGGAAUCGUGCGCGUACAAUCAUCAUCGUUCCGCUUGAUAGUAAUCCAUCUUCAUCUGCUGCUACUGCUGAUACUGGAAGCUAACAGGCUCCAAAUCAGUCUCAAUUAGAUAGCUCGAAUUCCCGCUUCUGUUGGUCUGUGUUCCGCUGUGGAAUUUAACUCGUUUAGGCGAAAGCGAAAGCGCGGCGUUUAGGCCAUCGUGUGCGCGUGAGUGAGUGUGUCUGUGCGUGCACGUGCCGUGCGGUUGAACGCAGUUAUAUGGCUAAGAAGGUGCUGGUAAUCGGUUCCGGUGGCCGUGAGCAUGCGAUCUGCUGGAAAUUGUCCCGUAGCGAACAUGUUAGCACGGUGUACGCCUUACCAGGCAGCCCCGGGAUCUGCUCCGUUCCGAAAGUUCAACUCGUGACCGAUGUGAACGUUAAGGACUUUACGGCGAUCGUGCGUUGGUGUAAGCAGAUUAGUAUCGAUCUGGUUGUGGUUGGUCCGGAAGAUCCGCUUGCCGAUGGGUUGGGCGAUGAGCUGCGUCAAGCCGGCGUUCGCUGUUUCGGCCCGGGUAAACGCGGCGCUCGGAUUGAGGCGGACAAAAAUUGGUCCAAGGACUUUAUGCACCGCCACGGCAUACCGACUGCCCGGUACGCCUCGUUUACGAAUCCUGACGAAGCGAAAGCGUUUAUCCGAUCGGCACCGUACGCGGCGCUGGUCGUGAAGGCCAGCGGGCUAGCGGCCGGUAAAGGCGUUAUCGUGGCCGAUACGAUCGAGCAGGCGUGUGCAGCCGUCGACGAGAUACUGGGUGAUCGCCGGUUCGGGGCAGCCGGUGAGGUCGUGGUGGUUGAGGAAUUACUAACCGGGGAAGAGGUAUCCGUACUGGCAUUCGUCGAUUCACGCACCGUACGCGUCAUGCUACCGGCUCAGGAUCAUAAGCGUUUGCAGGAUCAGGAUCAAGGACCUAACACGGGUGGAAUGGGUGCGUACUGUCCCUGUCCACUGAUCAAACCGACCGAACUGGAGCUCGUCGUACGGGAGGUACUGCAGCGAGCCGUCGAUGGGUUGCGCAAGGAAGGCAUUCCGUACCAGGGUGUCCUGUACGCCGGGAUGAUGCUGACGCCGGAUGGACCGAAAACGCUGGAGUUUAACUGCCGCUUUGGUGAUCCGGAGACUCAGGUCAUACUGCCACUGCUCGUCUCCGAUCUGUACCAGGUGAUGGUGGCCACGUGCGAGGAACGAUUGCACGAGGUGCAGCUUCAGUUCAGGCCGGCAUGCAGCGCCGUCGGUGUUGUAAUGGCCAGCAAGGGCUAUCCGGAAACCUCGACCAAGGGAUGCGUUAUCAAAGGUCUCGCUGAGGUAUCAGCUCGACCGGAUCAUCUAGUGUUUCACAGUGGUGUCGCACGUAACGAUCGAGGCGAUUUCGUCACUAACGGUGGCCGAGUGCUGAUCGGUGUGGUGCUGGAUAGUGAUCUCAAGCGUGCCGCUGCCUUGGCGACAGACGCCUGCAGCACGAUCCAAUUCGAUGGAUCGCAGCAUCGCCGGGACAUUGCGCAGAAAGCAUUUAAACACCUCAGCCUGUCCUAUAAGGCGAGCGGUGUCGACAUUGACGCUGGUGAUGCGCUAGUGCAGCGCAUUAAACCAUUGGCCCGGGGAACGAAUCGUCCUGGGGUGAUCGGUGGUUUGGGCGGAUUCGGUGGACUGUUUCGUUUGAAUGAUGUAACAUACAAGGAUCGAACGGGCAAGGAGGUACGGUACAGCGAUCCCGUGCUCGUACAGGGUACUGAUGGCGUUGGGACGAAGCUUAAGCUAGCCGAAGCUCUUAACUGUUGGGACACGAUCGGUGUCGAUCUUGUGGCCAUGUGUGCGAACGAUGUGCUGUGUGCUGGCGCGGAACCGCUCGCCUUCCUUGAUUACAUUGCCUGUGGCCGGCUGGAUGUGCCGACGGCUGCAAUGAUCGUCAAAGGCAUUGCGGAAGGAUGUCGAGAGACACACUGCGCACUGCUCGGUGGUGAAACGGCUGAAAUGCCAUCCAUGUACGCACCGGGCAAGUACGAUUUGGCCGGAUACUGUGUUGGCGUGGCCGAGCAUGGGCAGCUGCUACCAAGGAUCGAGCAGAUCCGUGAAGGUGAUCUCGUCAUCGGGCUUCCCUCCAGCGGUGUGCACAGCAAUGGGUUCAGCUUGGUUAAUCGCAUUCUCGAGCACACCGCGACAAAGCUGCAAGAUCGUGCUCCAUUCUCGGAGGAUGGUUGCAGUAGCUUCGGCGAUGAGCUGCUCACUCCGACUCGCCUCUACGUAGCCCCAUUAUUACCGAUGCUUCGCCAGGAAGGCGAAGCGGUGCGUGCGCUAGCUCACAUAACCGGCGGUGGAUUGACGGAGAAUGUGCCACGUGUUCUGCCGGAAGGGUUGGCGGUCGAGCUGGACUUUAGCGGUGUAUCGGUUCCACCUAUCUUUGGAUGGCUGGCGGCAAAGGGUAACGUAAGCGAGCCUGAAAUGCUGCGAACGUUCAACUGUGGUGUCGGCAUGGUGGUGAUCGUGGCUGGUGAUGGUGAUCAGGCUGGUUGGCGUAAGCAUCUGCUAUCACACGGGGCGGUACAGCUUGGUAAGGUCGUCAGCCGACGAUCGGGCGGCGCAAGCAAACAGGUGAUUGUACACAACUUUAAGCAGGCGCUGGAGCGCGUUGCGGCUCCGUAUCGAGGGGCAGAGACCAAAACGUCCAUUUCGUACAAAGACAGUGGCGUCGACAUCGGAGCCGGUGAUGAGCUGGUGCGCCGUAUUAAACCGCACGCCAAAUCGACCAACCGACCGGGCGUGAUGGGCGGUCUUGGAGGGUUCGGUGGACUGUUCCGGUUGCGUGACGCCGUUAGCCUAGCGGAUCCCAUCCUGGUGCUCGGUACGGAUGGUGUCGGAACGAAGCUGAAGAUCGCGCAGGCGGCAAACCUACACCACACGAUCGGUAUCGAUCUCGUAGCGAUGUGCGUGAACGAUAUCAUCUGCAACGGUGCCGAUCCGUGCUCGUUCCUCGAUUAUUACGCUUGUGGUCGCCUCGAUGUACCGGUGGCCGAGCAGGUGAUCCAGGGCAUUGCCGAAGGAUGUCGCCAAGCGGGCAGUGCUCUACUCGGUGGUGAAACAGCAGAAAUGCCAGGAAUGUACGCACCCGGUGUGUACGAUCUGGCCGGUUUCUCUCUUGGAGUGGUCGAUCACCGACACAUGCUUCCACGGAUCGACGGCAUCCAACCGGGCGAUGCUCUGAUCGGACUGCCCUCGAGUGGACUUCACAGCAAUGGGUUCAGCUUGGUACACAAAAUCCUGGAACACGCCGGAGGAUUGCGGUAUCAGGAUGUGGCUCCUUUCAGUGCAACCGGUCGCAGUUUCGCCGAGGAACUGCUCGUACCGACGAAGAUCUACGUACGGGAGCUGCGGUCCCUGAUCGCUGCCGGUGGCUGCGUGAAGGCAUUGGCACAUAUUACCGGCGGUGGACUAACGGAGAACCUUCCCCGUGUGCUGCCAGCAGAUAUGGCCGCGUUCCUCAACUUGGCCGAUCUUCACAUUCCACCCAUCUUCGGAUGGUUAGCGAGGGCAGGCAAUGUUCAGGCAGAAGAGAUGUUACGUACUUUCAACUGUGGCAUAGGAAUGGUCCUAGUGGUAGCACCGGAACACGAGCCAACCGUGCUCGAACAGCUACGCGACGUUGGUGGACAAUCGCUCGGAAGAGUGGUGAAGCGUGACACUUCGGCAACUGGAGCAGCAUCCCGUGUAAUCGUUCGUGACUUUGAACAGACUCUCCUGACGGCACAACGCACCUGCACCCUACCAGUGAAGCGCAUCGCGGUGCUCAUCUCUGGCACUGGAAGCAAUCUUCAGGCAUUGAUCGAUGCGACGCGCAGCACCACGUCCGGCAUAAGGGGCGAGAUUGUGCUCGUUAUUUCGAACAAGGCGGGUGUGCUCGGACUGGAACGGGCGGCUAUGGCUAAUAUCCCAUCAAAGGUGAUCCUCCAUCGGGAGUACGACACACGGGAGCAGUUCGACGAAGCCGUUUCGAAGGCCCUGGAAGCUGAUCGUAUUGAACUGGUGUGUCUGGCCGGAUUUAUGCGCAUCCUUUCGGCCGACUUCGUACGCCGUUGGGCGGGCCGGUUAAUCAACAUUCACCCUGCGCUGCUGCCAAAACAUAAGGGAACCCACGCACAACGGCAAGCACUCGAAGCGGGUGAUCUGGAGUCGGGCUGUACGGUGCACUUCGUCGAUGAAGGUGUCGAUACCGGGGCCAUUAUCCUGCAGGAGCGUGUACCGGUGUUGGCCGGUGAUACGGAACAAACGCUCACCGAACGUAUUCAUCGGGCAGAACACCGAGCAUACCCGAGAGCCUUACGUCUGGUAGCUAACGGGCUCGUCCAGCUUCAGCGCAGCACCUAAAGCCGAUCGUCGUCGUCAUCAUGCCGUGACAUGCCACACUACUAGCUGUUGUAGCCAAUGGAAACCAACAACGUGUGCCAUGGAUUUGUUGUUUUCAUUUUUCCUUUUUACUCAUUUCAUUCGUUACGUUUAACCGAAUUGCUAACCAAACAGUGAACCAAUAAAACCAAGAAGACUAGA